AUGGAGACCGCACCUCUUACUCUGGCGCACACCCAUGCUCGAAACGCCGCACUCGAGAGUAGGCGUGCGAAUCCUGUCGGGGCGAGUGAAGAACAUGAUCUAGCUGCAGCCGAGUUUGCGAGCGCAGCCCAAGGUACAUCCGAUUUAGAAGCCCUCCGGAUCUUGAAUCUAUUGGAACAGCAUCACAAGAGACUGGGACAACUGUUAAGAUCAAGUCAUGAGAGGCCGGUUGGCGGAGAUGUGCCUCAGUCGGCGCGAACUGACGUGGCCACUCCUCCUGCGAGCGCACCAUCGCCGUCGAAGCAAGCACCAGAGAGACCUCCAUCGCCAGAGACGACAGCCCAUCCCCCGACAUUAUCUGGCGGCUUGAGGCCAAGCGCUCGUGAUCUGUCCUCGUCAAUCGCAAGCAACCUAGCUUCUGCUAGAGGGAUCCCGAGCAGUCGCCAGAAGAGACCUACGCCCAUAUCUCCCUUAGUCUCCAACCAACAUGCAGAUGGACAUAAUGCUCAGGUCGAUACCAGAGCAAGAUCCAUAUCCAGACAAAGCAUAGACACCGAUGAACGCCUUCUUUCAUUUUCGAAGCAAUCGCGACCUCCUUGGGCGCCGCCGCCACAGCCAGAAACCGCCAAACCCGAUGCUAGCAAGCAAGCGGAAGAGCAAAUCGCAGAUGCUCCCUUCCAGCAAUUCUAUGCAACUUUUGAGAGCCUUAUAUCGAAACUCAGUGCUCCGCUAGCAUUUGCAGGGCUUCCGUUAACCACUCAGGCAUCGUCGUCCAAACCGCCCGCUCCUCCUACGCAAGCUGCACCUAAGUCUCCGAAAGCCCCGACACGCGCAACCAUUGCAGCACCUUCAAUCGACUACUCGCAGCUCAUCUCUCGCGCAGCUCUAAGGGCGGUUUCAGGAGUAGCAAGCCAGUACCACAAUCCCUCGGAAUCAUUCUAUGUCGUCCCGACCACGGGAGGCACGAUAUCCUAUGCGGAGAUCAUGAAUAGGGCCGAACGUGAAGAGGCUCGCGGGCUGCGACAUCACCGACAGACCUCCAAUCUGUCGAAUAUCUCGGAAGACGAUUUCGUCGAUGCCCAGAGCACGAUUCUUCCGAACCGCUCUCGCGACAGCGCUGCUUCGAUCGGCUCGCCUGGCCGAUUCAAUCGCCGCGGUGCAGCGAUGGACCAGGCCAAAGUCAACGGCAAGACCAUGGAGGAGCUCGCGCUGGAAAAUCAGGCCCUGAAACACCUGUCCGAUACACUGUCGCGACGACUUCACGUGUUCGAAAUGUCCGCCCAAACAUCCUCUGCGGCCCUGGCACAGAGUAUUCGCUCGCUGCAUCGCUCGCCAAUCACAACACCGCUACUGUCUCCAGAAAAUUCGCGUGGCAAGUCUAGCGCUAAAGGCAUGGACGCAGCCGGAUAUGGAGCCGGUGGAGGCGCCGGCUCCGACGAGGCAAUGGCAAAGAGAAUCGCUGAGCUCGAGGACAUCCUCCUUAGGAGCGAUGCCCGAAUACGGAAGAAGGAUGAGGAAAAUGCCAAACUCAAGGAUACCUUGUCCAAAUACCGAGAGAAAUGGGACAGCUUGAAAGCCGGGGCCAAGGCGAGAAGGGAGAGGGAACGUGAGGGUAAACCUAGCAAGACUGGGGAGAAGGAAUCUCUGGGAGAAGAUAAGGAUUCUCCGGUCAAACCUGGGCCUUCGGGUGCUUGA